AACAACAACAAAAACAAACCCACACACACACAUGCACGCACGCACCCUCCCCCGUGUGAGUGUGUGUGUGUGAAAAAUCGAAGAAGUGCGCUCUCCUCAUCCCCUCCACCCCCCGCCAAAAAAAUAAGAGUGAGAGAGCGAGAGAGAGAGGCAAAUAGUGGGGGACCAGGGAUUAUAAGGAUAACGGGGAUUAAGGUGCCUUACCAUGUCCACCAUCGAGUUCGAGACCAUCGGCAGUCGCCUGCAAUCCUUGGAAGCGGCCCUCCAGGCCCAGAACGAGUCCCACGAACAGAUAGUGCUCUCUAAUGCCCGCGGCAGCUCCUCCUCCUCCUCCACCACCACCAGCAACAGCCGUCAUGCUCCGCCGCCAGUCGCCACAUCCGCAUCCGCAUCCGUCACAUCGCCACACGGUUUGGGUGGACCCGGCAUCGGGGGCGGUAUUAGCAUAGUCCACCGGCCAGCUCCACCAGUUCCUCAGUUAGCGCCAGCCUCCGCCUCCUCAGGAUCCGCCUCGGGAUCGGGAUCAUCCUCGAUGCUAAGCGGCUCCUUUGUCCCGCCCACAACCAGGAGUCCCAGGCCGACGCCCAAUCUGCCAUUGAAUGCCGAAGGUGGCUCCUUCCGGCCGCGUAUCAUGCGACUUCCGCUUCCGACGCAAUCGCAUCCCUCGGAAACGGAAACCGACAAAAAACUAAAAAUCAUAAUGGCGCAAACGGGCAAGCUGAACAUCAAUGGGCGGCAGUUUCCCACGGACAUCAACGAUCUGCGGCACCUGGGCGAUCUGGGGAACGGGACGAGCGGCAAUGUGGUGAAGAUGCUCCACCAGUCGAGCAACACCAUCAUCGCCGUCAAGCAGAUGCGACGGACCGGCAACGCCGAGGAGAACAAGCGCAUCCUGAUGGAUCUGGACGUGGUUCUGAAGUCGCACGACUGCAAGUACAUUGUCAAGUGCCUGGGCUGCUUUGUCCGGGAUCCGGACGUCUGGAUCUGCAUGGAGCUGAUGUCCAUGUGCUUUGACAAGCUGCUCAAGCUCACCAAGAAGCCGGUGCCCGAGCGUAUCCUGGGCAAGGUGACAGUGGCGACGGUGAAUGCCCUGUCCUAUCUGAAGGACAAGCACGGAGUCAUCCAUCGCGACGUGAAGCCCUCGAACAUACUGAUCGACGAGCGUGGCAACAUCAAGCUCUGUGAUUUCGGGAUCAGCGGUCGUCUGGUGGACUCCAAGGCCAAUACCCGCUCCGCCGGCUGUGCUGCUUACAUGGCGCCGGAGAGGAUCGAUCCAAAGAAACCAAAGUACGACAUUCGGGCCGAUGUGUGGUCGCUGGGGAUAACGCUGGUGGAACUGGCCACUGCGCGAUCCCCCUACGAGGGCUGCAACACGGACUUUGAGGUGCUGACCAAGGUGCUAGACUCGGAGCCACCAUGCCUGCCCAGCGGCGAGGGCUUUAAUUUUAGUCAAGAGUUUCAGGAUUUCGUCAUCAAGUGCCUCACAAAGAACCACCAGGAGCGACCCAAGUAUCCGGAGCUUCUGGCCCAGCCCUUCAUCCGGAUAUACGAAACAGCCAAAGUAGAUGUACCCAAUUGGUUUCAGAGCGUUCGCGGCAAUGGCAACGGCGACCCAGCGCUGAAGAGGGCAACAGCAGCUGGCGGAGGUUCGGGAUCCGUUACCGGAUCUGGAUCGUCCGGAUAUGGCAGGGCGAGUCACAGUCUGAGUCCAACGAAUCCCCAAAAGACAAUAAAACCAACCCAGAUACCGAGCUACCAGCAGCAGUCGCAGUAUUUCAUCCAAUCAGCCACACAACUACCUCAAACAACAACAACAACAACAACGCCAACAGGAUCAGGAUUGUUGGGAGCAGGCUCUGCCUCAGGACCUGGAAUAGGAUCAGUGAAUUGUUUUAGCGGCAACGGAAGUAGCAGCGGUAAUCGAAGCGGCAGCGGAAGUGGCAGCAGCAACAGUGCCAGCCCCUUAUCCCCGCCAUCCGGUGCUCCAUCUGGUGGCGAUCUUGGCAAGCUCUACCGGAAAUCACCAUUUAUGCAGCGGAAACUGAGCAAUGGAUCAUCUUAUCAUCAUUCGCACUACAAAUACAACGACGAGAGCCCCAAGAAGGAGUCCAUGUUCAGCAGCAUCGGCCAAUCGAUUCUACGGAAUCUAACAACAUCGCCCUUUAGCCAAAAGAAACAUCAUUCUGUAGCAACGACAUUAUCAACUACAACAACAACAACACUGCCGCACAACAACAAGCAAACAUACAACACAGUUGCAACAACAGCAACAACACCCUCAACAGCAACAGCAACAGUGACAGCCACAACACCCACUUGGCGCCUGCCAGCGGACAGUCCCCUUGAGCGAACCCUUGACAGCUGUGAUAGUAGUAGUAAUGCGAAUCUGGGUCUCACCACGCCCUCGCCCUCGCUGCAGCGGAAGCAACUGACGGCGGACCAACAGCAGCAGCAACCUCUGAGAUUGCAGCCGGGAAACCAAAGUCCCAUUGUGCUGCAACGAUUCUAUCAUCAACAAAACCAGUUGCGGGAAAAGGAGGCGGCGGAGCGCUACCAGCAACAGCGACAACCACUUACCAGCACCAAUCCGUUUCACAGCAACUACGUGGCGCCACCGCCCUCAACGCACUCCACCUCCAGUCAGUCCUCCACGCAGUCCAACUGCUCACAAAUAGCCGUUUCUCCAUCCACUGGCUUGAGAUUGGGACUGGGACAAGCCUCUGGAUCUGGAUCUGGAUCUGGAUCGGCGACCGAAGCAGCUGCUGGGCAUUUCGGAGCUGGUGGCACUGGCGAGCACCUGCAGUACCAACCAUUGCCGAUUGGCGGGGCCACAGAUCCGGCCACCGGCGGCUCGGCGACUACCAGUCCCUCGUCGCUCCUGCCCCGAUCGCCCGAGCAACAGCCGACGGACUACGGAGGCGGACCCCAGCUGCCCGGAUCGAUGGUGACCAGUAAGCUGAGUAAGCUAUACGCCCGCCGUCAGGUGUUGGGCCAGAGUUCGACGACCAGCAGCGGGGCCAGCACCAGCAGCCUGGACGGAUGCAGUAGGGAGCAGCACGACGCUGGCUGGUUCAACACACUCGCCGGCGUCAUGAAGCGGCAGUUUGCCACUUAUGUUAAAACCCAAUUGAAUUCCACAGCCACAUCGCCGGUGGCGGCCAAUAGCUGCACCCUGACCGAACCCGAAACGCUCCAAUCUCCGCCCCAGCCUCCGGCCUACAGGAGUGUAGUCAACAAUGGCGGUGGUGUUGGUGGCGUGGGAGGUGGAGGUGCCGGGCCAAAGUCCUAUUACUAUCGCACCUUGUCGGCGGCGAGCAGCAGCAGCAAUACCAGCCAGAGCACCUCGCCCACCACAGAACCCCUGCCCGGCAGUGGUCCCGGCGGGAGUUUUCUGCGUCGUGGGAUCGCCCUGGGCGGUGCUGGGGGUAGUAUGAGCACGCCGCCCAGUCCACACAUUCUGGCCGGUCUGGAUCGAAGGCAUCGGAGUCCGGAUCCACCGCCGCGCUACAAUCGGGGCCAGUCGCCGCUGUUGCUGAGGAAGAACCUGCUGGAGCUGAGUGGACAGCCACCAGGCUCGCCGCUUCUGCACCGAAGGUAUGUUUCGGCAUCGCCACCGCUGCCACCGCCACGUCGGGGCUCGGAAAGUGUCCCGGGCUCACCGCAGCACUUCCGCACUCGCAUCCACUACACCCCCGAGCCACAGAGACGCAUCUACCGGACGAUAGACCAAUGAGUGGCACUGCAAAUCAUGGUCAUGUGAUGCUGGUAUGGCUUUGACGACGAUGCCGAUGCGCAGGUGGAUCCGGAUCCAGAUCCGGAGGUGGUGGAAGCGUCGACCUCAUUGGGCGGUGGAUGCCAGGUGAAUCCGGUGGCUGGAAGUCUCCCGCGACGGAUGGCCGGACGUAGGGCGUGCUCGGCGAAUGGAUCGUUUAGCAGCCUGUACUCGGAGGCAGUGGCGGAGGCGGAGGCAGAGUCAUGGCCAGGACCAACAACUACCAGGGGCAGAGGCGGAGGAGCACCAUGGUCAUGUGAUUGAUGGCAGCAAACGAAAGUGUUCAAAAGUCUUAUAUGUAAAGACCCAAGGGCUAAGGCUUCAUUUGCGAAUCAUUUUUGGGUCUGCUAACCUGUGUUCGUCUUAUCCCUACCCCCCCUACCCUUUCCCCCAUAACUGUACAUAGACAUAUAAAGGAACUACAUAUAUGAAUCCGAUAUAUAUCCUAUAAAAGUGCAAUAGUUUGAGCCCUCUUCCCUCUUGUAAUCUUGUAAUCUUGUAAUCUUGUAAUCUUGUAUCUUGUAUCUUGUAAUCUUGUAUCUGUAACUGUAAUCAAAAGUUUACACUUAUAUACAACAACAAAAGCAUAUAAAAAAAAAGCAACAAAUAAUUGAAACGAAAACGAAAACUAUAGUCAUGCCUAUUACGUAGAAAGUACCAAUAUAUUCGACAAAAGAUUUAUGUAUAUCUUCCAGGCUAUAUCUUUAUUUCUGUACAUAUUUCAUAGCACAUGUUCCUUAUGGCAACAGAUCCUUCCCUCUAAGAAAAUAUAUAUCCCAGCCUGUAUAUAGGAUUCUUCGAAAAUAAUAAGAAAUGUAAACCCAAACCAAAAUGGAAAAAAAUAUUCUUGUUUUGUUCCUGUGCGUGCAUAAAACCAAUUAAAAACGAAA